ACCAGGUUUAAAGAGAAAACCCCUGUCUCUAACCCCCAUUCCCAGGGUGAGCUCACUCUCUGGCAUCAAGUUCCCCAUGUUGAGUGUCCUUGUACAAGCGUCCAAGGGGAGAGGUAAGGAGAGUAGGAGGCAGGGAGUCCAGUUCAGGGAGGGGGAUUCCAAGACAAGAAGUGAAGGGGAGGAGCUGGGCGCAGCCUGGGGGUCUCUCCCUGGUUUCCACAGACAGAUCCUUGGCCAGGACUCAGGUAGACAGUGUGACAAAGAAGCCUGAUGUAGGAGAAGAGGGAUAGGGACAAAGUCCCAGGUCCCGGCAGUGGCUCAGGGUGUUGCGCUCCAAAGUGCACGCCACGAGUCCGUGCACAUUAUCACUGAGGAGGCGCAGCGUUGGAGAUUCCACACUAGCCUGAGUUUUCACUUCUCCCAGACUGUGUAGGGUCCUUCCUCCAGGAUACUCAAGACUCCGCCUAAGUUCCCACUUCCACCGGGUGUCGGGUUUCUAGACAAGCCAAUCAACGUCGCCGUGGUCCCGGUUCUGAAGUUCCCAGUCAUCCACUGGGACUCAGCUUCUCCCCAGACACCAAGGAUGGAGGUCAUGGGGGACCAAACCCUCCUCCUGCUGCUCUCGGGGCCCAUGGCCCUGACCCAGACCUGGGCGGGCUCCCACUCCAUGAGGUAUUUCAACACUGCUAUGUCCCGGCCAGGCUGCGGGGAGCCCCGGUACUUCGAAGUCGGCUACGUGGACAACACGCAGUUCGUGCGGUUUGACAGCGACGCCGCGAGUCCGAGGAUGGAGCCGCGGGCGCCGUGGGUGGAGCGAGGGCCGGAGUACUGGGACCCGGAGGCGCAGAAAGCCAAGGCCGCCGCACAGAAUUUCCGAGGGAACCGGCGGACCCUGCGCGGCCACUACAACUAGAGCGGGCCGUAACCCCCAAGACACGUGACCCACCACCCCUUCUCUGACCAUGAGCUGAGGUGCUGGGCCCUGGGCUUCUACCCUGCAAAGAUCACAUUGACUUGGCAGCAGGAUGGGGAGGACCAAACUCAGGACACCAAGCUUGUGGAGACCAGGUCAGCAGGGGAUGGAACCUUCCAGAAGUGGGCGGCUGUGGUGGUGCCUUCUGGAGAAGAGCAGAUACACACGUGCCAUGGGCAGCACGAGGGGCUGUCAGAGCCCCUCAUGCUGAGAUGGGGCAGCAACACCGCCCAGGGCUCUGAUGUGUCUCUCAGGGCUUGUAAGCUUGAGACAGCUGCCUUGUGUGGGACUGAGACGCAGGAUUUCUUCACGCCUCUCUCCAUGACUUCAAGAGCCUCUGGCAUCUCUUUCUACAAAGGCAUCUCAAUGUGUCUGUGUCCCUGUUAGCAGAAAGUGAGGAGGUGGAGAGACAACCCACCCCGUGUCCACCAUGUUCCCUCCCCAGUCAUCUUUCCUGUUCCAGAGAGGUGGGGCUGGGUGCCUCCAUCUCUGUCUCAACUUCAUGGUGCACUGAGCUGCAACCUCUUACUUCCCUACUGAAAAUGAGAAUCUGAAGAUAAAUGUGUUUUCUCAAAUAUUUGCCAUGAGAAGUUGAUGGGUUAAUUAGUCAAUUCCUAAAAUUUGAGAGAGGAAAUAAAGACCUGAGAACCUUCCAGAA